CAUGGAUGUGUGACGUCAUUUUGCGACAACAUCCGACGUCGAGGAGUGAGAUUGGAGGCAGGCUAUUUAUGAUAUAGUACUAGCUGUUUAGCAGUUAUUCCCACAGUGUCUAGUUGGAACUUGGAGCGCUUACGUGGGUGGCGUUUGAAUGGGGGCUCCCGGCGAGCCCCAAUCUAUCGACUACUCUGUUCACGAAGCGUGGAACGAGGCCACCAACGUUUACCUGCUGGUUAUCCUGGUUAGCUUCGGCCUGCUCAUGUACGCCAGAAAAAAUAAGCGGAAGAUCAUGCGCAUCUUUACGCUGCCUCCCGCUGCCGAGAGCAACCCAGAGCCCAACUUCUAUGAUAGCCUGCAGAAGGUCCGCCUGAGACAACAGCUGGAAAUGUACUCUCUCGCCAGGAAAUAUGAUCAGCAACAACAUCAGGGCCAAGCAGACAGUGUGCAACUUUCCAUGGAAUGAGGGUUCAAAAUCGUGUACAGUAGCAAAUGGAUGCACUCCUUUAUUUUGACCGGUUCUUGUGAAGAUUGCUGCAUGAAGACCGACAGUUUCUGGUCUCCAGUCAUUCAUCUUGGAAGUUGUCACUUGAGGAACUUCAACACACUGGGCAGUAUGUAAUACUGAAUACUUUUUUACACUUAACUACAUUUAACAUACACUCCAUAAUUCCCCCUCAUUUAUAAUAGUAUUCAUAGUACUAGUGCUCAGUAUACUAGCGUUGUGCCAAGUUUUAGAGUUAAGUUUGUAAUUACAGCAAACAAAUCUAGUGUAAUUUUUUUUUCACAUCCAAAGGCCCUUAUUUUUCUACAAUUGAACAAUGAGAUGAGAAAUGUUCCGUAUGUUUCAAGGUUUCAAGUUCAAGGUUGAGAUCAGGCGUCUCAAACCCAAGUUACCUUCAGGAUGCUGGAGGGAGAAUUUGGCUGAGGUUGGGCCACUGAUGCAUAUGCACCCGUGCACAAUAUAAAUGAUCAUUUCAAAAAAAAAAAAAUCCAAUCUUCUCAAAUGUUUAUUUUUUUUCCCACACUAAGAUAAACAAGUUGUGUGCAAAACUACAAAUAAAACUCUCCAUGGCGACGCUGCUGUAAAUUUCACUUACUGAAACAUGUAUCAUGCCCAGUCGAUGUCACACCUCCGAGAGCCAAAUACCCCACCAUGGUCGAUUGGUUUGUCAGCUCCACAAACAACACUGCAAAAGUGCCAUUCAUAAAAAAAAAAAAAAAAAAAAAAAACCUCAAGGGUCGCUCUAACUUUUAUCUAUCAUGUCAAGGUGGGGCCUACUAAAUGUCAUCUCAUGGUCUGUAAAUGGUCCCCGGGCUGCCAGUUUGAGGCCCCUGGUUUAACGGGAGAAAACUGCUUUUUUUCAGGGGGGGAUUUCUUGCUUUGCUGGCCCACUGUUUUGCUGAUUGUCUUUACAGUAGCUUGUUCCUGUUUUCUUUUUUAUACAGUUUAUAAAAUAAUUUUAUCUAUUCCUCUUGUCAAUAUCUUUGUGUUUUGUUUUGUGUUAAUAGAUAAAAAUAAAUUCAAUAAAAACCUGCUGUAUUUUGUUA